AAUUUUGGGGCGAAAGUAACAUUCUAGAAAAUAUUUGGGGUAAAACAAGAAUAUACUUGGUCUCAGAAACAACUAUUCUCGCAAAAACGCGCGUCGUUAGUCACAGUCGCCAUGACCUGUCUUCGUCAUCAUAGAGGGCACAAGACUCGCAGAAACUCUGCAAGGAGUGGGAAGACCGGACGGAGAUCUCAGAAUGAUACGAGCGGUGAUAGUGAUGAACGAUCAAGGCAAGCCUCGUCUCGUCAAAUUUUACGACUAUCAGCCUGUGGAGAAGCAGCAGGAGCUCAUUCGUACCAUAUAUGGAGUUCUAUGCAGUAGAGCUGAGAAUCUGAGCAACUUCAUUCAGGCUGAUUCGAUUUUUGGACCAGAUGCUCGACUUGUAUACAAGACAUAUGCCACACUGUAUUUUGUCUUCAUAUUUGACAGCUCUGAAAAUGAGCUUGCAAUGCUAGAUCUUGUGCAAGUUUUCGUGGAGAUAUUGGACAAGUGCUUCAGUAAUGUGUGUGAGCUUGACAUAGUGUUCAACUUCAACAAGGUGCAUACUAUAUUAGAUGAGAUCAUUUUGGGAGGUCAAGUUCUUGAGACAAGUUCUUCAGAAGUUGUGAAAGCAGUUGAAGAAAUCUCAAAGUUGGACAGGGCCUCAAAUGGAAGCAUGCUUGUGCCAAAAUCUAUUUCUGGCUGGACGAGUCGAUAGCACAUUAUUUCCCUAGGUUGUGAAGGAUGGUAGUAAAAGUCAAUGGAAGGUGCGUCAAAGCUGAAAAAAAAAAUGAGCAACAAUGGUUUGGAUGCAGUUGUAGAACAUUCUGUUGCAGCUCAUAAUUAGUAUCUGGUAGGUCUUGAAAUUCGGUUUGUCCUGCAGUCACAUGAAGUUUCAGAAAACCAGGAUGCUGGUAAUUUCACAUAUCGUUGGAGAAAAAAUUGCUAUUUGUUUUUUGGAGAGUGUAAAGAAGUUCAUAAAAGCUCUUUGUAUUUCUGAUUCUCUCAAUUUAGACAAAGACUGGUAAUCAGAUGAGGGCAAUCAGUUCCCCAUGAGUUGACAGUAAUACAGUUUGAAUUUUCUUCUAAGCAACAACGAUAACAUACGGUCUUGUUUUCUCUCUAUUGGGUCUGUUUGCUUAAAUUUGUAUUUUUUAGAAGCUUUGGAGUAAAAUAAGGCAUGUCUGUUUGGACAUUAACUUUU